GCGGUAUCGUUACUUGAUGGCCAUUUAAAAUCAAAAAAAUGUGGGUUCUCGGAACGGUUCAAGUUUCAUGGUGCCCGGCAAGAACACAGUGAGUCCAUUAGCGAGUGGGCUGCCCGUGUACGUGGUUUAGCAAUGGAUUGCAAGUUCCCCACAAGUGUUUUAAAUGAAAUGCUGCGCGACCGGUUCGUCCUUGGGAUGGUUCACGGCAAGGUUCGGGAGCGAUUGUUCGAAAAGUCUUUAGAAGGGCUCACAAUGGAAAGGGCGGUACAAGUGGCUGAAAGUGUGCAUUGUGCCGUAGAAGGUGCGCGGCAAGCGGUCCCACAGUCACAGGUUCAGGAUUUGACCUUCUCGCCAGUCGUCGAGGUGCACAAAGUGUCGGCCCAACCGGCCGGCUCUCAAGGUAGAAAAGUGACAAGUGCUAAUAAAGGAAGUGUCGUUAAUUCCGAGUCGGUAAUUAAAAAUAAUAGGAAGUGUGAAGUGUGCGGAUCCGUAAACCACGGGAAUCAAGUGUGUAGAUACAGGUUUUACACCUGUAGGCGGUGCAGGGUCAAAGGUCAUUUGGCGCGCGUCUGUGUAGCAGACAGAGGGCGCGACCAACAACAUUUCUUACAAUAUUGUACGGAAUCUCGGGCGGAUGGCGAUGAUGUGUUCGCAGAUUAGGCACUAUGAUGGGAAAAGAAAAAUAGAUUUUAUAAUUGGUGAAGUUGUGUUAAUAAAAACUUAUAAUAAACCAGUCAGUGUCUGGGCUAAAGGCAUUAUAUUGAGAAAACUAGGCCGGUCCGUGUACGUAGUGAAACUUACAGAUAGUAACGUGGAAUUUAAAAGACAUAAGAGUCAAAUUUGUAAAUUAAAGGGGGAAAGAGAGGUCACGGUUGAUGAAGAGAUCAUUGCGAGUAACGAGAACGAGUCAGGUCCAAAUGCCAUAUUACCUCCGGUGAUAUUGAAGUCGCAACCAACAGGUUCUCAGACUCGGACGGCAGUAGUAGAACCGGCAACCUGUGGUAGUGAGAUUACUAACCAGAGUCCAGAGAUACCGCAUAUGAGACCAAAUCAAGAAACAAACCCAGACCCAAGCACUUCGACGUCUCCGACUCAUACAGCCAUCCAUUCACCGGAUGCUAGAACCCCCAGAUCCAAGCGGGCUCGCAAGCCUAUACAUUUAGACUACAGAAAAUAUUUCUGAUAAUUAUUUUUUAAUUUGUGUAAUUGUAAACUAUUGGUGGAGGGAUGUUAUUAUGUGGGUAGUAUUUUAAUCGGUUUGACGCGGCUGCGCCCGCGCCGUCAUGUGGCAGUCCGGAUUAUAGACUAAUCACGUAUACAGUGUUUCAUUUUCAUC